CGCAAUCAGAAUUAGCCCUAAUCUGUCAAUCUCCCAUCGUCGCGUCGGUAAACCUGCGUCUGCGACAAUAUGCAGAUCUUCGUGAAAACGCUUACCGGGAAAACCAUAACUCUCGAGGUCGAGAGUUCUGAUACAAUCGAUAAUGUCAAGGCAAAGAUUCAGGACAAGGAGGGAAUACCGCCGGACCAGCAGCGUCUCAUUUUCGCCGGUAAGCAGCUGGAGGAUGGUCGAACACUUGCCGACUACAACAUCCAGAAGGAGUCCACCCUCCAUCUUGUCUUAAGGCUCCGUGGUGGUGCUAAGAAGCGCAAGAAGAAGACCUACACCAAGCCUAAGAAGAUCAAGCACAAGAAGAAGAAGGUCAAGCUCUCCGUUCUUCAGUUUUACAAGGUCGACGAUUCGGGAAAAGUUCAGAGGCUCAGGAAGGAGUGCCCUAACGCUGAAUGCGGAGCCGGUACAUUUAUGGCCAAUCAUUUUGAUCGUCAUUACUGUGGCAAGUGUGGCUUGACUUACGUGUAUCAGAAGCCCGGCGGCGAUUAGGUCUUUUUUAUGUCUACAUUUUCAUAGAGUUCUUUUUUUGGGAUAAUACUAGGAUUUUUCAAACGAUUAAAUGGGUCCAUUUACAUUAACCAUGUUACAUUUGGAAACGAUCAACGCUCAAUUUUGGUUAAUAUUAUUGAAGCAUCUUUCAUAUA